AUGUCUGUGGCUGGCAAUGCCAAGUCUGGUGCUUGUGAGAGAUGCUAUCGACGGAAGGCGCGAUGUUCGAGGGACUUGCCUACCUGUUCUUCCUGUGCCAAGGCGAAUACGCCUUGCAUUUACACUGUCAAGGAAGGGCCAAUCCGACGACAAGAUAUGGAGAGGUUGGAGCGACGCCUGCGGUAUCUUGAGUCCAGGAACAAAGAACUGAAUGACCAACUGCAAGAGGCUCGACAGGUUCAGUCCCCCACUGCUCAAGCAUCCUUUACUUCUCCAGCUUCAAACAUGAAUUCGACGCGAGAGGACAUCGGUCGCCCCCCUGAGAACAGCGAGGUGGUACAUCAGGUAUCAUACCUGUCCUUGUGUGCAGGUGGCGAGCGACAGUUUCUAGGCACCACCAGUGGCCUGCUUCUCGCAAACCUGCUUCAGACAACCCUUCUCCAGACAAACCUACCGUCUGCUUCCCAGCCUUCCAAUGAUCAACGUGGAUCCGAACAAUUCCAGAGGCCUGGAUCUGAUACCAUUGUACAAAAUGCAAGUCUCCCACUACGAGACUCCGCGGUCUUGCCACCCUUGCAUGUUGCAAAAGGUCUUCUGGCGGCCUAUUGCAAUCAUGAUAUUAUCUGCUAUCCAUUUCUCGAUGCAAACACCCUCGGUCAUGCAUUUGAUGUGGUAUAUAACCAGAGCCCUCAAGAUGCUAUUGAUCCAUUGGACGACUUUAUCGUCGAUAUGAUAUUAGCGAUUGGUACGGCCCAUGUUCACAAGUUUGAUUGGCAUGCAUUUCCGGAUGCAGAAACGCAUUACAAUCGGGCAAUCACGCGAUUCAGCGCAGUUUUUACGAGAGGCGGCAUUCCGGCCUUGCAGGCUGUUCUUCUUAUAUGCCAGUACAGAAUGGGAAGCUCAUCGUUCGACACGUCUACCAGUCUUUGGCAUCUGAUUGGUGUAGCCGCCAGAAUGUGCUUCGAGUUAGGCCUCCACAAGAAGGCGACCUUUGGGCCUCUCCAGAACGAUGAUCAUGACCUCGCAGCGUGGCCGCGCUCAGAUCAAGAAAUCGUUGAGAUCAAGCGAAGAUGUUUUUGGUGCGUACUGGCAAUGGAUCGUGUUGCCAGUUUUGUGCUGGGAAGACCGCUAGCCAUCCAGCUUGACGAUGUUGAUACUGAACUACCGUUCAUCGACACUAACAAGUUGAGCGAUCCACAAGGAUUCUCUUCGCCAAAUGAAGCCUUCGAUAGCCCUAAGUGGCAUCUCAAGACCUUGAUCUUUGUUCACAUUGUGCGGUAUCGUAUCAUAUGCGGCAAGAUUCUCACAUCUCUCCAUCGUGAUACGAAGAGUACAAGAGAAUCGAUUGGCUCAUACGAAGCGAUGCGGAACGAAUUGGCUAUGGAGCUAGAAUCCUGGCACGAGGACAGUGGCAGACUCCCCCUGACCACCGCUGCGGGCAGUACAACGGAGCUACAAAGUGCAUCGAGCUUUACAUCCAAAGAAUGGCAUGAGCUGCUCUACCACAACGGCAUACUAAUGCUCUUUCGUCCUUCAAGAUGCCUGUCCGAUGCGGGACACAACAGCGCCACCCUCCAGCACAUUUUUAAUUCCUCACAACAAUCAAUCAGCCUGUAUGCUUUUUUGCACCGAUCCAGGAGGAUAAACUAUUCAUGGGUUACGUUACACUCAGUCUUCAUUUCUGGCCUAUCCUACAUAUACGCACUCAGAUACCAUUUUCAAAACCUUCAGAGACCUGACAAUCCGGGUAAUCCUCCUAGAGCAAAACUACCCCUCUCACCAACUAUCAAUCAAGUUGUUAAUGAUACAAGGGCAUGUUCCAACGUUCUAGUGGCUGUGUCUGAGCGAUGGAGUACUGCGAGAAGCUGCUCACAAGUGUUUGACAAGCUGAGCGAUGCAGUUUUAACCGAUGUGGUCGAGGCCCAAACGAGGGGCCCAGGGCUUUCUGCUACCGUGAGCAGCCACCCUCACGAUCAAGGCGCCGCGCCCAAUCCGCUCUCAUCACCGGGUAUGUCAGGGAUCCUGCCUGCAGGCAUGUCUCAAGAGCUGGGGUACAUGGCUGUAGAUAGCACUCUCCAAGACUGCUUUGGUGAUUUGCAAAGCCUUUGCAUCGACCAGUACGGGAGCGAUGCGAUUGCCGCGCUUUCACAGGACUGGCUGUUCGGUAUCCAGGAUCCUGGAAAUGGCUAUUGGUGA